AUGAGUAAUGUUCCGCCGAAAUUUUACGAGUUAUGUAGGCUGUGUUUGUCAUGCGACGGGGUUAAGCUAUCAUUAUUCGGUGAAGAAGCCAUUUCCCGCAAAUUUCUAUUUAAAAUUAUGACUUGUCUUUCAAUAAUGGUAAGAGAAAUAACUUUAAAUUUUAUGGUUGGGUUUGAAUCCAGUCUGUCAGUCAGAAUUGCUGUUUAUUCUACUUUAAUUCAUAAAGUUUCAAAAAGUGAUUCUCUACCACCAUCUAUAUGUCAUCGCUGUGUCUACAAAUUAGAUGUUUUACAUGAUUUUCGUGAAGUUUCAAGAAAAUCAGAAGUUAUAUUAAAGCAAUAUUUGGGAUAUAUGGACCAACUGAAAAAUGGGAAAGCUAAUCCUGAAAAUGUAUGCGAAUUACCAACGACCAAGGAUUUAGUUACAGUUUUGCCAGAAACAGGAGAAGAUAAUUGCUUGAGUCAGGAACCUUUAAAAGAAGAAUCGGAAAAAAAUUUUGAAACAAUAAAUAAAAAUCUUUUCGAAGAAGAAGAUAAGGAUACGAUAACAUUAAAUUCAAUAUUAGAGCCUACAAAACUUAAAAAAAAAUCAUUAGUUUCUAUUUUGGAAAAUUCAAAUAAUGUUGGUAAAAUCACAAAGUCUGAUAAUUUGGAAUCUGAUGUUGUUAAAGAAAUUAAAAUUGAAAGUGAUAAGGAAGAAGUUAAAAUUAAUGAUAAAAGUAAAGAGUUAUCAAAAGACGAUUCCAGUUUAAAAAUACUUGAAAAAUGCCUACUUAACGGUAGCAAUGGUGUGUACAAAAGUAGCAAUAAUGAGCCAUCCAAAUAUUCACAGAAUGAAGAAAAUAAAACAAAUGAAUCUGAUAUAGGGUUGAGUAAUGAAAUAAAUGCUUUAGAAAAAGAAGUCAAGCAAGAAAUAAUCAAAGACAUUUAUGAGAACGGUUUGAUAGAUACGAAUUUGUAUAAUACAAGGAGAAACACCGUGACGAUUGUACUGAACGAAAGCAAAUGCAAAGUUGAAAAUGAGAGUAAUGAUAUAGACAUUAAGAAAGAAAAUAAUUUGUACGAAAAUGAAGAUAGUUCUGAAGAUGAAGGUCAGUUAGUAAUUGCCGACGAGGGUAUCGAUGCGGAAGGAGAUAAAAAGAACACGGUGGUAAGAGUCACUCCAGAAGGAAAGUAUUAUGAAUUUGGUAACCGGAUUUAUGGUGAACGAGAAAGAGAAGCAGCUGAAGUAUUGCAAGCAAUAAAUAGUCAAUACUUGGGACCGCCAAAAGGAGAAGCUAGUAAUUUAUUAAGAAAAUUAAUUUUUUGUAAAAACAAUAGAACUGAAAAUUCCGUUUUGAACAAUUGUACAAAUUUUCAAAAGAAUGACGAAAUUAAAAAUGGGUCGACUAUAUAUAAUAAAAGGAAAAGGAGUUACCCGGUGAAAACUGUACAGGAAAUAAAUGGAAAGGUUCCAACAAAUUAUGAUGAAAUUGCUGGAGAAGACGAUGAAAUCGGAGAGGAAAUUCAUAUCCCGGAAUUUGGUAUUCCUUCAACGGAAAGUUCUCAUCCUUUUCCCCGCAUCGAUUUUCCUAAUUUAAUAAAGAAAGCUAAAGACUCGAAAUCGGAUAUAAAGCGAACGGAUUUGAGCUGUACAAAUUGUGGCACUUGCACGACAACCAUUUGGAGAAGAAAUGCAUUGGGAGAAAUGGUCUGUAAUGCUUGUGGAUUAUAUUUUAAAUUGCACGGAGUAAACAGACCGAUGAAUAUGAGAAGAGAUACGAUACAUACGAGACGUCGACGGGCUAAGGGUGAAAAACCAAGCAGGAGAAGGUCAUCGGCGAAUUCUAUCACAAAUGGGGACGGCCCUGACGAAAUGCUAGCAGCAUUAAGGAGACAAAUCAGUCCUCAGCUUUUAUUGGCAAGUUUACAGCAUACGAAUCAAGUACCUCAGCAGACUCAUUCAAAUUCAGUGACGACGGUAAAUCCGCCUGGACCUCCAGCUUCAUACAGCGCGCAUAUUCAAACAGCAGAAGCAUCGGAUGGCGAUGAGGAUGACAUGGACAUGAGUGAACUUCCCCUUAAUCUUGUUUCGACGUCUUUGGAUGACGACGACGAGUCUUAG